AUGGCCAAAUCAAUCUUGUUUAUUUUCUUCCUCCUUCCUUUUGUUGUUGAUUCACUUUACUUCAACAUCACUAGUUUUCAACCAGGUGAUAACAACAUAGAAUACCACGGUGAUGCAGAACCUGAUGGAGAUGGAACUGUGAACUUCAACAGCGCUCGUCUUCCAUCUCAAGUUGGUUGGAUUACAUAUUCAAAAGAUGUCCCCAUAUGGAGUCCUAGCACUGGUAACGCCUCUGAUUUCAACACUAGCUUCUCUUUCAGAAUCGAUGUUCGUAACCUCUCAUCAGAUAGUCAUGGCUUAUGUUUCUUUCUUGCCCCUGUGGGAGCUCAGCUCCCUGCAUACACUCCUUCUGGUUUCUUAGGUCUCUUUGGUCAAGAUAAUGAUUACAAAUCUUCUUUUGACCUCGUUCAUAUUGAGUUUGACACGUUUAGAGACCCUUGGGAUCCUAGAGAUGUUGCAUCUCACGUUGGGAUCAAUAAUAACUCUCUUGCAUCUUCUAACUACACUUCUUGGAACGCAAGUUUGCAUAGUCAAGAUAUUGGUCAUGCACAUGUUACUUAUGAUUCUGUUAACAAGAACUUGAGUGUGUCUUGGGGUUAUGAGCUGACAAGAUCUGCUAAGGAGAAUUCAAGUCUUUCUUACAUCAUUGACCUAGCUAAGGUUCUACCAUCAGAAGUUAUGUUAGGGUUUAUAGCUGCUGCUGGAGCCAACACAGGUGAACAUAGACUCUUGUCUUGGGAGCUAAGUUCAAGUCUAGAACCCGAAAAAGCCGACAACAAGACAGGGCUUAUAAUAGGCAUUGCUGUUGCUGGUUUUGUUCUCUUGACCUUACUGGUUGCUGUGAUGGUUUGGUGGAGGAAGAGGAAGAACUCAAGAGAGAUAACAAACAUGGUGUUGUCAUCAUCAAUAAAUGAAGACCUAGAAAAGGAAACAGGAGGGCCAAGGAAGUUUUCUUACAAGGAUCUUGUGUCAGCAACAAACGGAUUCUCACACCAAAGGAAGCUAGGUCAAGGAGGUUGUGCAAGUAAAGAAUCUGAUAUGUAUAGUUUCGGGAUAGUGUUACUAGAGAUUGUCACAGGGAGAAAGUCCUUGGAGAGACAAGCAAACAGUGAUGAUGAUGAUGAUGAUGAUGAUUCGGAGAGUGAUGAGAAGAGUCUUGUGGAGAAAGUGUGGGAGCUUUAUGGGAGGAGAGAAGAGCUGUUGAGUUCAGGUGUAGAUGAGAAGCUUGGUGAUGAUUUUAAUAUGGAAGAAGCUGAGUGUCUUUUGGUUUUAGGGUUAUGGUGUGGUCAUCCUGAUAAAAGUGCGAGACCAUCUAUAAAACAAGCGAUACAAGUUAUGAAGUUGGAGUCACCUUUGCCUGUUGAUCUUCCGUUGAAGAGGCCUGUUGCUACUUAUUACAACUCGACUUCUUCUUCUUCUCCUCCUUCGGUUAACUCUAGUAGAGCUUCCAUAACGUUCUCGAGUAAGGAGAUUGGUCGUUAGCUGAAGAUUAUUUAAAGUUAUUUCACUCUAUGUUCUCUGUAUUAUCUUUAAUUAUAAUUGUUUAUGGACUUGAAUCGUGUCUAUUCUUUGUGGGAUUAUCUUUAAUCCCUGUAUUAAUUCGCAAUUUCCUUUCUGUUUUUCUUAGUAUAUGUAGUCAUGAAAAACUCUUUUGUAACAUAUUUGUUUUGGAGAUUCGAAUGUGAAAAAAUAAAGUAUCA